CACAGGGGGGAGUGGCGCGCUGCGAGCGGGGCCGAGGCCGGAGCGGGGCCGGGACCGGGACCGGGACCGGAGCCGGGGCCGGAGCCGGAGCCGGAGCGGGCGGCGGGAUGGUGGACAGCGUGUACCGGACGCGGUCGCUGGGGGUGGCGGCGGAGGGGCUGCCGGACCAGUACGCGGACGGGCGGGCGGCCCGCGUGUGGCAGCUGUACAUCGGGGACACGCGGAGCCGCACGGCCGAGUACCGCAGCUGGCUCCUGGCGCUGCUCCGCCAGCACCGCUGCCGCUCCGUGCUCGACGUGGCCUGCGGCACCGGGGUGGACUCCAUCAUGCUGCUGGAGGAGGGCUUCCAGGUGACCAGCGUGGACGCCAGCGACAAGAUGCUCAAGUACGCGCUGAAGGAGCGCUGGGAGCGGCGCAAGGAGGAGCCCUUCGACCGAUGGGUCAUCGAGGAGGCCAACUGGCUCACGCUGGAGAAGGACCUGGAGAAGCCAGGGGACGGGUUCGAUGCUGUCAUCUGCCUGGGCAACUCCUUCGCGCACCUGCCUGACUUCAAAGGGGACCAGAGCGACCACAAGCUGGCCCUGAGGAACAUCGCCAGCAUGGUGCGGCCGGGGGGCGUCCUGGUCAUCGACCACCGCAACUACGACCACAUCCUGGCCACGGGCUGCGCGCCGCCCGGCAAGAACAUCUACUACAAGAGCGACUUGACCAAGGACAUCACCACCUCGGUGCUGCUGGUGAACAACAAGGCCCACAUGGUGACCCUGGACUACACCGUGCAGGUCCCCCGACGGAGGCGGGGGCCUCCCCGGAGCUGAGGUGAGAGGGGGCCACCAGG